AUGUCCCCGAAGUUAAAAAUCUCCACCUUCCCGGGGCUCGAUGGCUUAUUUUGUCUUACCUGUUCCCAGAUCUACCUGAAGCAGCAGCAGGAUCUCCAGUUCUUGCAUUUCCACCUGGAAACUUCCCAGGAGAAACACAGGGCAGGAUCGCGGGAUGGAAGCCCAGGGAUGGUUUUGGCGGAUCUCGAGAGCAGCGGCGACCGAGAUUCCCUCGGCGGCGAAGUCGGACGGGAGAUCCCCACCCAUUUCGUCCACCUCCCCGAUUGCCCUUUGAAAAAAGCCGGGCACUCCUGCCCAGCCCAAAACAGGCAGCAAGAACAGCAGGCGAAGCAUGGACACCAUGGGCCCUUUCGCCAUCCCAGAUGCCUCCGUCGGGAAGAGGGGAUGCUGAGCACUCCCAGGAGCAGCGGGGAGAUGGGAGAACGCUCGGACACGCAGCUGGACAAUCCCCGGGCGUCCAGAUCCAGGGAAACAGUUUGGACGCCGGAGCUGACCCCUUCGCCGCGACACAAACAUUGGCUUGAGGCCAACGUCUGCGCGGCGACCGUAGGAUGUUUGGCGCCCAGGUUCUUCGACAAAGCCAGCGGGGACUGCAGAGAUGCCCCCGCAGACCUGGGCAGGAUCCCCCCUCGGCCCUGUGCGCCUCCUCCCCAUCCGGGGAACCACCCCGCCUGCUCGGCCUGCAGCGCCGUCCGUAAAGCCAACCUCUACCGCUCCAAUCAGGAGUGGACCGAAAUGCUCAAGCCUGGGGAGAACAACAGCAGGGGCUUAUGGAGCGGGGAGUCGCCCCCGAAGCCUCCGGAUGGUCCCGAGUUGACAAGGUUCCGUGUUUUGGCUAAGCAUCAGAGCCUUUGGGGUUCUAUCCCUAUCCCCAUCCUAGCCAGAUAUUUUUCUCUUCGGGCACAUUGA